ACCUGGUUGGACGGACGAGGUUAGGGAGGGGAAGUCACUGGCCCGUCCCUGCCAGGAGAGUCGGUAUAGUCAGUUUCAGUCAGACGUUUCAGUGGAGAAGCCAGACAAGACAGAGAAAGUUGCACAUCAGCUGAUCACAACAAUAGAUUGCAGACAUGAGGGGGGUAUUUCUCCUCGCUUUAGUUUCAUCUGCCUUUCGUCUCAGCUUUGGGCAAAAUUAUUUCAGCUAUCCCUACACAUGGAAAUGUGAAGAGGGUCGAUGCAUCAAGCAGCUGGCCUCGGAGACAAAUGAGUCGAGGUCACUCAACGUGUGUAUGCUGCAAUGCUCGGCCUACGCAGGAAUCUGGCCACGACCACAACAUCUUUCGGCACUUCCUGCGGCUGUGGUUCCUGUUGACUCUCGCUCCAUCACAAUCACAAGCAAUGCAGGCCAUGGCAAGAGUAUUGGUGAUAGAACGUCGGAGUUGUUGGAAAAGACUAAUGCCAGGUUUCGGUCAAUCCUCUCGGAGCAAGACAAGCAAGCGUCGAAGGAGAGGGCUUUUAGAAAUCCUCUGUUAGUGUCAUUGCUGAUAACAGAGCCCGAGGUUAUCAGAGUCACUCAGGAUACUGAUGAGAGUUAUAACCUCACCAUUUCCACAGCCAAUGAUGGGAAGGUCAUAGCAACAAUAUCAUGCUACACCUACUUCGGCUGCAGACAUGGACUAGAGACUCUCGCACAGGUCGUGGUAUAUGACCACGUAUCAUCAGGUCUAGUAGUACCUCGUGAAUUGGAGGUACGAGACUUCCCCUUAUACCGCUACCGUGGCAUCCUUUUAGACACAGCUCGUAACUAUGUGUCGGUGAAAGGUUUGUACCGACUGAUCGAUGCUAUGGCUGCCAACAAGCUAAACACUUUCCACUGGCAUAUCACAGACUCUCACAGCUUCCCAUUCCAAUCUCAAUCUUUCCCUCAACUGACUCAGUUUGGAGCUUACUCUCCUGACAAGGUGUACACAGAGCAAGACAUCCGAGAGCUGGUGGAGUUUGCACGCGUGCGAGGAGUCAGGAUCAUUCCUGAACUAGACGCGCCAGCACAUGUUGGUGAGGGCUGGCAGUGGACUGAUCCUCACCAGGCAACUGUCUGCUUCAAGAAGGAGCCUUGGCAGAAGUUCUGUGUGGAGCCACCUUGUGGCCAGAUAAACCCGACCAGUGAUUAUGCCUACACUGUACUGCAAGGUAUCUAUAAAGACAUGGAGAAGCUGUUCGAUUCUGAUCUGUUCCACAUGGGAGGGGAUGAAGUGAACCUGAACUGUUGGAACUCAACAGAAAGCAUCACUGAUUGGAUGAAGAGUCACAACCUCAAGACAGAUGAAGAUGGCUUCCACAGGUUGUGGGACAAAUUCCAGACCAGAGCUCUUCAACAAUUGGAUUCAGUCAGUCAAGAAGAGCACCCAAUAGUAUUGUGGACCAGUUCCCUAACGGAGAAAGGUCGUGUAGAAAAGUUCCUUGACAACUCACGAUAUAUCAUCCAGAUCUGGACCACUGGUAAUGAUGCAAUCAUUGCUGAACUGGUCAACAAAGGAUUCCGAGUAAUAUUUUCUAACUACGAUGCACUUUACUUUGACUGUGGGUUUGGUGCUUGGGUAGGAGAAGGCAACAACUGGUGCUCACCUUAUAUUGGCUGGCAGAAGGUCUAUGAAAACAAUCCUCUCAAGAUGCUGAUGAAACUUGGAGUGAAUAUGACCAAGGAAGAGAUGCGACGGUUGGUGCUUGGCCAAGAGGCAACUCUGUGGACUGAACAGGCAGAUGAUCAAGUGAUAGACCAGCGCUUAUGGCCUAGAGCAGCUGCUAUGGCAGAGCGUCUGUGGAGUGACCCAGAGGAGACAUGGAAGGCUGCAGAGCAUCGCUUCCUUCAUCACAGAGAACGGAUGGUUUCUAGAGGUGUGCGGUCCGACACUAUAGAGCCUCUAUGGUGCUUGCAGAACCAGGGACACUGCUACUUAUAAAAAAUUGAUUUGCUAGCAAAAAAUAUAUAUUUCAACAUAAAAA